AUGAAUACUCGACUCAUACCAGAUGAAACUAUAUCAGCUUUACCUGGAGAAAGUGGAAGUAUUGCUGAAGCAAUUGGACCCGUUGAAGGAUUAGCACAACCAUCCUCAGGAGAAACGGUAGAUCGGCGUAAUGCAAUCGCUUUAACUGCAGCUUUCAAUUUCACUGGUACAACACCAUCAGCUAAUGGCGCAACCAUGCAAGAAUACUUUGUACAAACAGUGGUUUCAUCUCCUAUUCAACAUGAAUUAUUAUUGAAUCGAUUGCAUGGUUUAUGCCGUGAAUGGACAGAUUUCUGUGAUCAAGAAACUAUAUUCGAAAUAGGAAGUGAUAAUCGAACUGAUACAAAUAACCUUAUAGGUAUGAACAGAUCAUCUGGAAAUACAUCCGCUGCCGUUGGCGUCUUAGCUGCCACUGCAUCAGGUAGUGCUACUGUUACUAUACGUGUUCGUCGAAGUCUUUUAAGUAGAGUAAAUAAACCUGGUCGAGAAUUUUCUGUUCUACGAUAUUUAGGAGCCGUAGAAACUGAUAAAAUAAUUUUACGACGUAGUUGUCUUGAAAUGCCGGUUACUGGACCAAUCGUUAGUUUUCUAUAUGAUUUGGGAUUUGACUAUGAAUCUACGUUUGUUGCUGAAGGUCAAGAAUUUAUUCGUGGACGUGUGAAAGUUUUGGUUUAUACAGUUAAUGAAAUAACCAGCUUUCAAAGUAUUGCAACUUCAAACGCUAUGGGAUUUGGUUUUGAUGGACAGGGAUUAGCACCCAAAGAUUGGCGACGUUUAUGUUCUCGUAGUUGGAUGGUAGAGAUCAGUGUAGUUGGCAGUCCUGCUGAUGAUCAUUUACAAGAAGAAAUUACAGAUUUUGUUGAACUACUUCAUCCAAUUAUUGUACCAACAAAACUUGAUAGCAAUUUGUUUACUCGUAAAUGUUGA